UCCGAUCUGUUUUGGUUCCGAAUCCAAUAGGCCCAAUCCAGCCGAAUAAACUCCCAGGUAGCUCAAACUGCAUAUAUCCUGUCAAAGACUGCUGACUCUAUGUUCCUGGAGUUUAUGCUGCGGGAGGCAUUAUUCCAGACAAAGCCAAUUUGGAUCCUGCUGGCCCUCCUUUUCUUCCAUUUCUUCGCCAAGGUCGGAGAAGCAAGCCACAACUGAAUAAGAGACAAAAACGAAAAUGAUGAUGAUUGCCUUGCUUUUCCUGUCCAUCCUCGCUGCAUCCAUUGCUACAGGCCCAAACGCGACCAAUGCGUCUCUUCGUGGAGGCCAUCAGCCGUACAUUGACGGGGCGCGAGCCCUGAGCAUCUACCUUGGUAGACGCUGGAAAGAUCGGGUUGGAGAUGUCGUGCAGAUUCCCUACAAGAUCGACACAAGGUAUUUCUCCAAUUCUCAAAAGCAGAUGAUCGAGUCAAGUAUCCGAGAUCUUGCAGAAAGAUCCAAAGUAAUUCGCUUUGUGGAACGAACAAGUCAGGCGGCAUACGUUCAUGUUGUGGAUAAAAGUGGUGGUUGCUCCUCCUACGUUGGAAAACGCCACACAGGCAAAGAGCAGGAGCUCAAUUUGUCAUCUCGUUGCGUCAGGGUCGGGACCAUUCAACACGAAUUUCUCCAUGCAUUGGGUUUUACUCAUGAACAAAACCGCCCUGACAGAGACGACUAUGUUACCAUCCAUAUGGAAAACAUCAGGGACAAGAACAAACACAACUUUCAACUGGCGUCGACGAGCGCAGUUUUGGGCGCCAACUAUGACUACACUUCUGUCCUGCACUACCACGGAUACGCCUUUGCCAUUGACAGUAGCUUGCCGACGAUCACUCCCAGGGAUCCCACAGCUAACAUUGGACAGCGUGAUGGAGCAUCAGAUCAGGACGUGAUUGAGACACGCCUAUUGUAUCAAUGCCUUUCUGGCCCUCGCUCCAUUGAUGAAUACAACGCCAAUCCGUGCACAACAGACUGCAAGUGCUGGGAAGGGGCAACCGGCUGCAACGGUAAUGACGAUGCAUGUCAGGGCACUAUGACGUGUCUAGUGAAUGAAUGCAUCCUUGCUAGUACUACAGGUGGCUCAACCGGGGGCACAGGUGGUGGGAGUUCUGGUUCAAGUGGUACUGGUGGUGGAUGCACAGAUACUCCCGAUUGGGUGGACAUUGAAGGCGAUUCUUGCGAAUGGUACGAAGAGUACAAUGAUUCAUAUGAUGCCUGCGCCUUAUAUGGAGCUGGGUUUGGCAAUGCGGUGACGGGAAUGACAGCGAAUGAUGCAUGUUGCGUUUGUGGCGGUGGAUCUCUCGGAGGGGUUACAUUUCGGGUGCUUCAGAAUGCGGAUAGCCCUGGGAACUGUUGGGAUGUGAAUCGUGCCUCAACUAGAAAUGGCGCAUACAUCAUCUUCAGUCCCUGUGAUGAGACACCAUCGCAGAAGUUUUGGGUCGACAAUAACGGCUACAUCCGAAGUGCCCUUGAUGUCACAAAGUGUGUUGUUGGAUCGGCUGGAGAAACCAGCCAGGGGACAAAUUUGAUCCUCAAUGAUUGCUUUGCGAAUGAUGACAGGUUCGUAUUCCAGCACGACGACGCGGAUGGCACAUUCAGACCCAAGAGAAACAAUGAGGUUUGCAUUGGUCCGUCUAGUAACGAGGUGGCGUUCUCUACAAGGGAUCCCAUUCUUCACCUCUGGGACUGCAACGGUAGUCCUGAGCAGAGCUGGUCCUCCGCUAAUGCUGUGGUCGUAAACAGAGCGCUAAAGACGAGAGUGAACAGCAAGAAUGGCAAGGUGGAGCGUCUGCUGCAGAACGAAGAAUGCUCGGAUGUUCCCUUGGGAUGGUACGACGCGCACGGUGACAGCUGUCUUUGGUAUGCUGACGGGACAAGAUGUGACGAUUAUGGAAGCGGCAAUGGAAAUUUCGGUAAAACUGCCAACCAAGCUUGCUGUGCUUGCGGUGGAGGAUCCAACAUUGAUUCUCAAUUCAAAGAUGAAGCUCCGUUGGCAGACCCCGUGUUGGCUGACGAUGCGUGCUACGAUACCCCGAUUGACUGGCGUGAUUCUGUUGGUGACACUUGCCUGUGGUAUUCUCAAGGCGACAAUUGUCUGUACUAUGGAGACGAUUUUACCACAGAGUUGGGGAGCGCCAAUCAAGCUUGCUGUGCGUGUGGUGGCGGAUCCUCAACUCUCCCGCCCAUGAAUGAUUAUAUUGGAACUCCAGGGUGCAGUGACUUUCCCGAUUGGAUAGAUUCGGAGGAUGAUGGCUGCGAUUUCUACGGAGAAGACGAUAACUGCGUUCUCUUUGGGGAUGACUAUGUCGGUGUGAGCAACAAGACAGCAAGCGAGGCGUGCUGUGCUUGUGGAGGAGGAUUCGACCCAUCCACAAACCCUCGCGGACAGCCGAGUCAGAUCAACGCAACCGAUGCAGGACAUCCUUUGGAUUGCCUAGACAACCCACCAAACUGGAUCGACUCUGCGGGUGACGACUGUCUUUGGUACGAAGCUGGGAAUAACUGUGUUUUGUAUGGCUCGUACAAUGCCGGACAAGAUGGCCAUACUGCAUCCGAGGCUUGCUGCGUAUGUGGAGGCGGAAUCACUACAGCUGUGGCUGUUGCCAGAUCGCAAGGGGACGAUUGGUUUUCUUAGCUGUAGGAAGUAUGGCGAUUUAGUAGUUGACGUUCACACGGAUUUUGCCCUUCAUUGCGCUAUGAAUAUUGUUUGUGUUGGACCGGGGCCGGUCAAAGCUCUUGUUGAGAUUGAUUCUAUCAACUUGAACUAUACGGUCACAGGACAGAAGCCAUUACAGCACUCUAGAGGACGCUAGCAGGUAGGCGCCUUUGUCGUCGUCGUGCUUCUCCGGUCGUCGUCGAAACCAGCCUCUAAAACAAUUAGGUUGGUAAAUGUGCUACCUAAACUCGAGACGAGAAAUCAAUAGGACGAAGGAUCCUUAGCCGUGGCACAUGAUAGUUUUAUGAGGCCCUUGAAGCUCCCGCUCUCGUUGGCCAGAAUGGUAGGGGUUGGCAUGGAUCCCCUGCCCUUAGUGUGCUCCACGACCAAGUGGCUGAGCUUCCGAUCCUUCGGAUGAACCAGCUCACUGCCAUCCUACCGUACCUAGUAGCAAGCCUCAUUGAUCGUCCAGCUAGUCUAGCAAUCGAUAUUGCAUAGGCGUGAGAGCCAUCUUGCUAGGUGGCCGUCGGUUCAUCGAACUUUACAACGUUUGGACCCGGGCUGGAAAAGCACGUAAUUCCACGAUGCCCGGAAAUGUGGGUUGAUCGGG